AUGGGAUACGGAGAAGAGAACGCAAGGCAGAAAAGAUAUACUGUGCUGCUGUUUUUUCACCUCUUUUUUCCGCUGCAAAUUUGUUAUAUCUCUAAAUUCUCUUCUAUGUUGUUAGAUGUCACGUAUAUGGUUAGUAGGGGUGGAACUGUAAAAGAAAACGAUUAUGCUAUGCUCAAGAAAGUUCCCCAUUAUUUUCUCCACUCUUGGGUGACUAAAUGUGCAUCAUCGAUUUGUUGUGGUGGAAUUGCAGAUAAGAAGGCUAACUAUGAUGUUAAGGUCAGUGGAGUCGAGAUAACUCCUUUCCCUAUUUCUAGAGGCAAAGAGACCACCUUCAGCAUUGCUGCAUCUUCUGAUAGGGCAUUCUCUGGUGGGAAACUUACAAUUGAUGUUUCAUAUUUUGGAUUUCAUGUCCAUGGUGAGACCCAUGACCUCUGUGCAAAGACGGCCUGUCCAGUUUCUGUGGGUGAUUUUGUGAUUUCGCAUUCCCAAUCUUUACCUGGAAUUACCCCACCCGGUUCGUACACUCUUAAAAUGUCAAUGGUGGAUGAGAACAAGAAGCAAUUGACUUGCAUUACUUUCUACUUCAGCAUUGGGCUUACGGCAUCAGAAACUUUGGCUUCCAGUUAAGUGCUCUCGAGGAUUCGCUCCAUCGAAUUCCAGGCUUUAGAUGUAAAUAAAAAGUUUCUAUUCCUGAUGGAAUAAACCUCGUAUCUGUCAAUCCUGAUUAAUCCUUUUUCUUUAUUGAGACUGUUUACAAUUUCCACUUACGAGCUUUCUUGAGAACAUCUCGAAAUCAAGUGGGCACUUACCGUUUGUUUCCUAAACUAACAGUUCAUGUAAAAUUUAUAUAAAAAUAAAUUAUUGUGGUGUAUUGAUGGCGGUGGAUGGAAACAAUCUUUAAUUUACAUGCAGGAUUGAAGUAUCCAAGGCCUUAAUCAA